AUGGCCCUACAUGCAGACUACGCUGCUGCGCCAUCGCACGCGGACGAGCGGGGACACCCCAUAGUCAAUGCUCAGCCUGGCAUGGGAAGCGACGGGCUGGCGCUCAGGCCCAUUGAAGUCGGGGACGUUGGCUACAUCUCACACAUCGACGACGACUUCAUACGUAUCUUCGACGUGCAUCUUGAGCCUGGCAUGCAUGGCACAUCACCGGCCUGGGGCUCUUCAGGUGACCCCUUGACUACGAUCGCUCUCCAGCCUUCGCCUUCGGAGUCCCGGUCUUCCUCGUCCACGUCGGACGGGUACCGACGCUCUCCAUGUUUCCUGACGAUUCCGAGCGUAUCAUCGACUGCUGGUGCCGAGCAUCUACAGCCUGGGCUCACCCUCGCACAGCCGCGCCGUCCUGUCCUCACGCUGCCUACAUCUCCAUCCAGCCCGACUGCGAGUGCGUCAGACACAUCGCCCACCGAAAUGAAGCACCGUCGCGGUAUAAGCGGACCAACCUCUCCAACCGACUACGAAUGCGUACGCAUGAAGAAGAAACACUACGCCAAGACGUUCCGCGAUAACGAGAAGCACUACUUUGAAGAACUUGGUCGUCGGCUAUUCCCCACCGACCCAAAUGUGCGACGCGCGGAGUGCCUUCAGCGCGCCGUUGCUGCCCUGGACGAGCUGGAGACGUAUAAGGCGCGCGAGGAUCAGCGGGAUGCGGAGAUUGAGUUGUUGAGGGAGGAGUUGACACGUGCGAAUAUGCGUACGCGGGAGCUUGAGCAGGUUGUUGCUCAGCCGCAGACUGGUGUCGGGCUGAAGCUGGAUGCAUCGCAGGGGUUCAAGUCCCAUCAUGGCCAUUGGUUGUGA